CACGGCAGCCAUCUUGAAUUAAAAUUUACAAUAGGAAAACUAUCACUUCAUUCAUUAGUGAUCGCAAACAUUAAACAAUAAAGUGUAAUUUGAUAACAACGUAAAAAAUUUACAAGUUUAUAAGUGGCUAAUUAACGUACCAUAAUUAAUUUAAUAUUAUUAAAAAUUAUAAAAAGAUUUCAAUUUGCCAAUAAAGCAAAUCAGCUGUUAUCCGUCAAUCGAUGUCAACAAAAUUACGUAAUUUUGUUUAGAAAAACAGUGAAGUAUUAUUUUUGGAUGUCAAUAAAUUGGCAAACUAAAUGAAAAAAUUAAAUUUUUCGUGAUUCAAAUUGUUCAAGUGAAUGCGGAUAAAGAACCUAUAGUUUUGACGAGUCAUUUGUGUCUAUUUCGUAUAAUGUAGUUAAUAAAAACAGUUAUGGAUAAUAAAAGCAUUAUUGAGUGUGCCGGAUUUUAUUUUAUACAUAAUUUCGAUUCCGGGAAUUUGGGUCAUGUAGAACAAGUUCCCACGGAACUAAUUGCUCCCAGUUUAAAUCUGAAAACGAAUUCUCCAGAAACUCCUGAUUAUGAGUUUAAUUUAUGGACAAGGCCAGAUUGUGCCGGGACAGAGUUUGAAAAUGGCAACCGCACUUGGUUUUACUUUGGCAUCCAAGCCAGUCAACCUGCCGUACUGGUUCGACUUAACUUGAUAAACCUGAACAAGCAAGGCAAAAUGUACAACCAGGGCAUGGCGCCUGUCACUAGGACAUUACCUGGGAAGCCUCAGUGGGAAAGGAUAAAAGAUCGCCCAGUUCACUCUACGGACGAUAACACAUUCACACUGAGCUUUAAAUAUAAGACGUCAGAAAAUCCUAAAGCAACAACAUUCUUUGCGUUCACAUAUCCAUACUCGUUUGCUGAACUGCAGCUAGCGUUGAAUGCUGUGGAUGGCAAGAUGUUGCCGCUGCCCACCCCACAGUCACCUGACGAUAUAUACUACUGCCGCGAAUGUCUUACAUACUCACUUGAAGGACGGCGAGUGGACUUGUUAACAAUAACGUCACAUCACGGGAUAACAGCGGAACACGAGGAGAGGCUCAAGAACCUCUUCCCAGAGAACCAGGAAAGGCCAUUCAAGUUCCAGAAUAAAAAGGUGAUCUUCAUAUCGGCUCGCGUGCACCCCGGCGAGACGCCGUCCAGCUUCGUGUUCAAUGGCUUCCUGAGCCUGCUGCUGGCGCGGCACGACCCGGUGGCGCUGCAGCUGCGCAAGAACUACGUCUUCAAGAUGAUCCCCUUCCUCAACCCUGACGGCGUCGCGCGCGGACACUACCGCACCGACACGCGCGGCGUCAACCUCAACCGCGUCUACCUCAGCCCCUCCGCCGCGCUGCACCCCACCGUCUACGCCUCCAGAGCACUCAUCAGAUAUUACCACUUUGGUUGCGAAAAAGAGGACAAUUUCGAGGAUAACAAGGCAUUAACUUCUCGAAGUAUGCAGAACAUAAGUGAAAGCGCAGAGCUGUUAGACAAUGUGAAGAAGAAAAAAAGUCCAUACAAACGGGAGUACUACAAGAACAAAGAGAAGUCUCUGGGCUCAAACAAGUCUUCGGGCAACCUGCAGCCGCUCUCCGCUGACUCCUCCUGCAAGGACGCCACCGUCUCCUGCGGCGAGGCGACGCACCUCGCUGACCAGGUGUAUGACAUGAAACUGCAAGAGAUGCCGUCUCAGCUGAGCAGCGUGACGACAAAGGAGUCGACCGCGGAGGAGGGCUCGUGCCGGCUCAGCGACGACCUGCUGCGCACCUGCCUCGGCUCCACCGUGCACGUCAGCACCUCCGAGGAGCUCAACAUCCCCGGCAGCAACCCCCUCAAGCCGCUCAGAGACACGCUCAAAAACAGUAUCUCCUUACUCAUGGAAUCGGGCUCUUCUAUUGCUGGUUCCCCAUCCUCUCCCCAGUCGUCGCGCUCCGGCUCCCCCACAUUCAGCUCCAUAACAGAAUACAGAGAGCAUCAGUUGCAGCAGUUCGAUAGACAGGAACUAGAGCUACAGGACAUGGAUCAGGCGGCGAGCGAAGAUUCCGUCUACUUCUGCACCAACUGCUUCAAGAGAUACGUCAUGUCCGGCCCACACGAGGAAGUUGACCAACCGGCGACCAUGUUUACACAAGCGCCGGGCGCGCCUUCCACUAUCAGCGUGCAACCAGCGCCUGUAAGCAUAAAGGAGGAGAAACCGAAGCCGGUGUCGGCGAAGCAGGUGAAGAAGAAGACGAUCUGCGCCUCCAGCUCCAGCACGCGCACGCACAAGGACCCCGAGUCCGGCCUCUUCCUCUACAUCGACCUGCACGGACACGCCUCCAAGAAAGGUAUCUUCAUGUACGGCAACCACUUCGAGGACGUGGAGCGGUCGGUGGAGUGCAUGCUGCUGCCGCGCAUCAUGUCCCUCAAC